AGUAGUUCCAUUCCAUUGAUACUUUGUUCCAAAACCGAGUAAAUCCUUCCCGCCAACGCCAAGUUACAGAGCGCGGCCCUCUUCGUCUGCGACCGAUAGAGAUGGAGUUCAGUGUGAGCGGCAACGCCCUGAAGACCUUCGCCCGCUCCAUCACGUGCCUCGCACGCAUCGGCAACGAGCUCGCCGUCCAAGCUUCUCCUACUCAGCUUGCUUUGCACUCCCUCAAUACGUCACGUUCUGCCUAUCAAUCGAGCACAUUUAAGCCUGAUUUCUUUGACGUCUAUACUGUAACUGGUAAUCAGGUGCAAUGUAGUGUGCUUUUAAAGGCUGUUUGCUCUGUGCUUAGGACACCUUUAGCAAGUAUAGAUAAUUUGAGCGUGAAAUUGCCUGAUCCCGAUGCAUCAAAACUGCAAUGGACUUUACAGUGCUUCAGUGGUAUGAAAAAAACCUAUUGGAUUAGUUGCAAUGUUGAACCCGAUAUACAACAUUUGUCUCUUGAUAGGAGAAAAUUCCCAAGCGGCUUAGUGGUGAGACCCCGAGAUCUGAACAGAUUGCUGGCUAAUUUUCAGUCAUCGCUUCAGGAGAUUACAGUCAUAGCAACAGAACCCACUUCCUUGCCUUCUGAUGCAGCAAGUGAAAUUGGAGGAAAAGCUGUUGAACUUAGAAGUUAUAUUGACCCAACCAAAGACAGUGAUUCAUCACUGCAUACUCAACUAUGGAUAGAUCCUACUGAAGAGUUUGUGCAGUAUACCCACACUGGAGACCCCAUAGAUGUGACAUUCGGUGUGAAGGAGUUGAAGGCGUUCCUUUCUUUCUGCGAGGGCUGUGAAAUUGACAUCCACUUAUAUUUUGAGAAAGCUGGACAGCCUAUUCUAAUGGCACCAAAGUUUGGUCUAGAUGAUGGGUCCACUUCAAAUUUUGAUGCUACGCUUGUACUUGCAACCAUGCUAGUGUCACAACUGCAUGAAACCAAUCCCGCAGAACCUCCACAAGCAGCUACCGAAAUGCACAUUCGGGAUGAGCAUGGGACAGGGUCAGAAGCACGACGAGAAAGGUGUAGGCCAAGUGGCUCUGAGCAUCCAUCUGACCACACCAGAAUUUGGUCUGAUCUUUCAGGAAGUGGUGCAAGAAGUGGCAACGGCACCGAAGGAGGACAGGUUCAAGGGGAAAGAAAUUUGAAUGCUAAUGGACAGAGAGAAGUCCAAAGGAUGAGUAAACUGCAUAUUUCGAAUCCUGCAUCUGCUGGGGGAAAUGAGCCUGUGGAUCCCAAUGCCUGCCACCCUGAGGAAAAUGAUCAUAUGGAAGAACCUAGAGAUAGAUCACAAAUUAACGGCGGUGGGUUUUCACAACACCAUCCUAGUAACUGGGUAGACGCAGAUGAAGACGACAGUGAUGAGGAUGAAGAGAAUGACCUUUGUAUUCAGGCAACACCACCAUACUAUGAAGAACAGUAGGUUCGUGGCUGGAGUGAUGGUUGGCCAAAUUUCUUCUUGCUCUCAUGUUGGGGAAGAGUUUGGUAAGGAACCAGCUGGCUUGAGGGGGACUGAGGAUUUGGUGUUGGGACGCGCAAACACCGUCCUAGCGAUCUGCGGCGGGCCCGCGACCUAUCUAACGGCUACGGCACGUAGCCGCCUAAUCUAACGCCGCUUAUUUAAACAAGGUAACCGUUGUUCCUUUUCAGAAUGGUCAGACUCAUAGCCAUAUGAUAAAAAAGCGCGGGUAUUUAGUUGAAAACAAUAGCAACUAUAGACUCGUGCUAUAUGCAAAUGUCAAUGGCAUACACAUGAAGAAGAAUUAUUCCAACAUUUCUACGUGGAUCCAACUCAACUUUUCAAUUUUUUGUUUUUUCCUUUUUGAUGGAAUGAUUCAAACCAUAUAUUUGAUUUGACUUGAUUGGAUAAAUGAUCUCCGUGGUAAUAAGGUAUUUGGAAAAUAGCUGUAGUAGUAAGGAAAAUAUUAUUUAAACACUUGUGAUGUAAUUCGUUAACAAAUUCAGUUUAAAAGUGAUUUUCUGUUAAAUGCAGGAGUACAAAACGUAUUUCUAUC